AUGACCAACGUUAAUUUCGAAACCUUUGCCAAUCUGAACCAGACCACUAUAUUCACGUCGGGUACAGCAAAGUUAGAAUCUUUGGAUGCAUGGGACAACUGUUCUGGAAUUGGAGGUGGAAGAACCACGUUGAGGCGAGCGGACGACUCUAGAGUUGGAUUCCUAGAGAAGAGGUUUAACCAAUUCGUUAUUGAACAUUUUCCUGUUGAGGAUGUUGACCAUAGAUGCGCCGAAAUAAAUAUACUGACCGAGCCGAAUGCCGAACCGCCAAAGCAGUAUCAUGAGUGGCGUCUCCUAAUGGGCCACGCCGGCCCGCAGGCGUUGGAACACUUACCUGAAAGAGCAACAGGGGUGAAGAUAACGGAUGCCCGAAGACUGUGGAGAUAUGUUUGGGAUUACUAUCUGACAGACCGCAUAGCCGAAACAAUUAUAUACGCCUUGGAUGGAUUCUUCACCAUUCUGAGAAGGCAGUUUGACACGGAUCUUAAGAAAAUUGAAACUGACAACAAAAUGUUCACUCAAAAGCAUGCAGUUCGGGAUUACCUACUUAAUAAAGGUAUUCAAAAAAUCGUUGCGCUGCCGUAUGCGCAAGCCCUCAACGGAGCCGAAUAUUUGUGGCCAGAGAUUGUACGGGCUGCAGUACAUCUUUUGAAUCUAACUCCAAAGCGGCUUUUGAAUUGGAAAACCCCUAAUGAUUUUGCAACCUCAUCCGAUUUAGCAGAGACCUUCAAAAGGCAAAGAGACGGUAUAGAAGUCACUGAAAAGAAGCCAUACCUAUCCCAUUUGAAGGUGUACCGCUGCGAAGUCUUUGCCCUGACAACGGAAUAUGUGAAGAAGCAGUAUCACGUCCACCAACUUAAUCCAAAGGCUUUUCUUGGAUAUCUGGCUGGAUACGGCUUCAUAGUCUUUGCCCUGACAACGGAAUAUUUGAAGAUGCAGUAUCGCGUCCACCAACUUAAUCCAAAGGCUUUUCUUGGAUAUCUGGUUGGAUACGACUGCAAAGCCUUUGUCCUGACAACGGAAUAUUGA